UGCAACCGUCGUAGGCAGCAGCAUUACUUGCAGCGCAGGUUCGGGGGGGGGGGCGGAAGUUCGACCUGCUAGAGCAGCAGGCAUGGGUUUUCUAGACGACAUGUCCGAGGAGCUAAACUCGGUCCGGAGACGUCUCAAGAGGGCCGGCAUAGAGUGGAAAGGCAGGAGAUCUACCGGAGGAGGAAGGCGUGGGGCUAAGGGCACGUCCUCCGUUCUGGCCAGUGGCAUUACGCAGGCCGUGGGCGGCGGCGGAGCGUUCGUUGCGGUGCUGGCUCUAUCUCAAGCCCUGCAGGGGUUUGCGCUGCGGGUGUCCUGCAGUUCACCGCUGGGAUUACCGACAGCUCUUGGGUUUGCAACGGUGGCAGCGGCGUCUGUGGCCUCGGUUAGAGUCGCCGAAGGGAUUUCCUCUGGGCUGGAGGCAGCCUCCAGUAAGGACAGUCAACGGAUCUCCGACCCAUGGCGAUCUAUGCUUGAGGCGGCGGAACAACCAGCAAAUAGCGGCGAGAUAGGUGCCAGCUCAUUCGGGCUGGUUCUGUUUCGGGCGCUGGGCGGGAGGUUUAGCUCGGUGGCCCCUAGCGCUCUUCACAUGCCCGGAGCUUUCAGCAGGCUGUCGGCGUCCCUGCCCGCGACUCUGGAGUACGCCUCCGACGGCAAGAGGCAAGCCCUGGCGACUCUUGGGAAGAACUUCGGGUGCCACACCUGCGGGACGAGGGCUCCGGCCACCUUCAUCGCGGACCACAUGCCCCCGCUCAAGACGGUCAAACUGGCGAACGCCAAGCUCUGGCGGAGGGCGCUGCGGCAGACCGUGUCCCAGCGCUUCUACCCGCAAUGCCAGGCCUGCUCUACCCUCCAGUCAGCGGCGGUAAGGUCUGGGCAGACCACCCUCCGGUACCACUUCACGCUGGCGGCACUGCGGCCGUACCACGCCACGGGGGGUCUACUCGUGCUGGGGAGCCUUGUGCUGGCACAACAACGGCAGAGGAGGGGUGGUAGCACUUCAAGGAGAGGUCUUUGACAGGCGGGUGGUAGAGAGUUUUUGUCACUUCUGGUGGUGUUGAUCGACUUGUCGUUGGUGGCGCUACAACGAAUAGAGCUUCCUGUUGACGUUACUAUCGUGUAGACCAAUCUGCUACCGUUCUGUUUGUGAGCGUUUGUUUUCUUAGCGACUUGGUUUUUCUGCUGAUUUGGUAUCGAGGCGUUUGCUUGGGAGAACUUUUCUCAGUAGCGCGCCGAUCGGUGCCAGGGAAAAUAUCGCCGGCGCUUCUUUGCAAAAAACAAAUCUGCGUGGUCUCCAUCCCGUGUGUCUGUCGACGCUUAAGUGAUCGAGAAACGGUUGCCCAGGGUGGUGUGCUAUUGUGGUCCUCUCGACCACUGCUGUUAAGGGCGAAUCCCGUCCAUGUGUAUGGUUUUAUUUAAUUGCCCGGCUGCACUUACGCUCUUGUUCGUGAUGAGUAAGUAAUCUUGAUGUAUCAACGGUUUUCCUCUCCUCGUGUCAUGUGAGUGGAGGGCAUACAUUUACCUUUCUUUACUGCCGCUUGCUGUUUUUUUUUUUUUCUGCCUGUUAUUGGUUGCCCUAUCGGAUCUCGUGGGUAUUGGAGGUGCGAGUCAAGGUCGGUAAGCCAAGAUGGCGACAAAGUACAUGAAGGACACGGUCGAGCUUUCCCCCCAGCCAUCACUCCGAGGGAAGGAAGCCGUGGAUUCGUUUCCUUUGUGUAGUGUUGGUGUUGAUCGAAAAAAGAGUGUUAUC